AUGACGAAAAAGGUCUGUCAUGUUAUAGUGUAUUUAAACAACGAAAAAGCUGGGAUUAUCGGUGUGGAAUCCUCAACAUGGAUCUUCUUUUUUCCCUCAAGUCUUUACUUUGAUAAGAAGACAGCUUUGCUGAAUGAUGUUGGCUAUGGGAAUAUGGAAAUGGCUGAGGGUGCGCUGGAGUUGCAAAUGCGAGCUGUGCAGAGUGGAGCUUGUGAGAAGCUUGCUUGGCGUGCUGCUGAAAUCCGGGAACAUUUUCGAUUAUUGUACAAAAAUGAGGGAAAACUUCUGCUCAAGCUGUUUCCCAUGCUUAAUGAUGAAGGCGUGGGUUACUUUACUGCUGGUGGUUUAUGCCCUCUUGAUGGUCUUUUUUGUGAAUUGAUUAUGGUUCCUCCCACCAAAUUUCGACCCAUAAGGCUUUUCAAAGGCGAGCGCUAUGAGAACCCACAGUCAGUAAAUUUACGAAGAGUUUUGGAAGCGACGGAGACCAUAAAGGCGGUAUCGUUAGUUCUAAAUGGAGACAAAAGCCCACAACUGAUGGAGCUGAUCACAAAUAGGACGCAGGGGAAGACUAUGAACGCAAAAAUGCACAGCGCUUAUCUUUCUUUACAACAACGAGUGAAUGCUAUUUAUGAUGAGGAACUUGAUAAAAAUGACCAGAAUAAAAUUCCCGGCAUAAAACAAAUUCUGGAGAAGAAACAAGGCCUCUUUCGAAUGAACAUGAUGGGAAAACGUGUAAAUUUUGCGUGCAGAUCUGUAAUCACUCCUGAUCCUUACCUGGAUAUAGAUGAGAUUGGAAUUCCUGAAAUUUUUGCAAAGAAGCUGACAUUUACGGAGCCAGUUAAUAUCUUCAAUAAGGAGCAAAUGAGGAGGCUUGUCUGUAAUGGUCCGAAUGUUCACCCCGGGUGAGA